AUGCCCCGCUGCCCCGGGCCUGCAGCCCCGCGCCCCGCUGCGUCCCCUGCGCCCCCCACGCCCCGUUGCCCCGGCCCGCGUCCCCUGCGCCCCCGGAGCGCGCGCCCGUGCCCCUCACGCCGCGCUGCCCCCGGCCUGCAGCCCUCGUCCCCUGAGCCCCGCUGCGUCCCCCGCGGCCCCCACGCCCCGCUGCCCCAGCCUGCAGCCCGCGCCCCGCUGCGUCCCCUGCGCCCCCCACGCCGCGCUGCCCCCGGCCUGCAGCCCUCGUCCCCUGAGCCCCGCUGCGUCCCCUGCGCCCCCCACGCCGCGCUGCCCCGGCCUGCAGCCCGCGCCCCGCUGCGUCCCCUGCGCCCCCCACGCCGCGCUGCCCCCGGCCUGCAGCCCUCGUCCCCUGAGCCCCGCUGCGUCCCCUGUGCCCCCAUGCCCCGCUGCCCCGGGCCUGCAGCCCCACACCCCGCUGCGUCCCCCGCGGCCCCCACGCCCCGCUGCCCCAGCCUGCAGCCCGCGCCCCGCUGCGUCCCCUGCGCCCCCCACGCCGCGCUGCCCCCGGCCUGCAGCCCUCGUCCUCUGAGCCCCGCUGCGUCCCCUGCGCCCCCCACGCCGCGCUGCCCCGGCCUGCAGCCCGCGCCCCGCUGCCUCCCCUGCGCCCCCGGAGCGCGCCCGGGCCCGGCGCGGGGCGGGGCCGCGGAGCGGCUGCGGCGCGCCGCCUCCCGCCCUCCGCCGAGUGGCGCCGGGGCCGCCGCUCGUACGUCAGGCGCAGGCCAGGGCCGCCCGGCGUCGGCAGCGCCCGCAGCCCCUCGGAGCGAGAGGAGAGGCGCCGCCGCCGGCCGCCGGGGCAGGUACGGCGGGGGCGCGCAGGGAGGGCCGGCUGAGGGGGCGCCGGCGGCCUGCGGGGCUCGGGGCCGGGCGCCCGCGCUCGCUCGCGGCCAGUGGGCGAUGAGUCCGCACAAUGGGCCGGCCCGUCCCCCGGGCCGGUGCGGCGGCGGCGGCGGCGGGGGAGGAUGCGAGGCGGCGGGUGUGCGCGCUGCCGGGGGCGGGGGGCUGCUCUGCGGCGCGGGGCCGGGCGCGGGGAGGGGGCCCCGCUCGCGUCCCCGGCGUCCCGCUCCCCCUCCCCUGCAGCAUUGUCCUUUCGGGGCCCCGGGCGGGGAGAAGCGCGGGGCGGGGGAGGCGGCUGAGCGGCGGCCGCGCGGGCCUAUGGCGCGGGGCGCGGCGCGCGCGGGGCGGGGCCGGUGCGGCGCAAGGUUUGGCGAAGGUUACCGGGCGAAUGCAGAAGUGACAGGGCCCCGAAGUCGCAGGCGUGCCACCCCGAACGCCCUGCUGGCUCGCCGCGGGCCGGACCCGAGGACGCGCGUCUGCGACCCGCCUCCCGGCCGGAGCGCCCCCAGGCUUGCUUGUGCCAGAGCUUCUGGUCGGCCCUUAGAGUCGGGGCCGCGCGGGUGA